AUGAAGAUCAAGCAUAAGUUCACCUUGGUAGAACAUCCACAGGCAAAUGGACAAGCUGAGGCAGCUAACAAAGUCAUACUAGCAGGGUUGAAGAAAAGGUUGCAAGAUGCAAAAGGAGCCUGGGCUGAGGAGCUCCCACAAGUACUGUGGGCUCAUCGGACUACACCUCAGUCUGCCACAGGGGAAACACCCUUCCAACUUGCUUAUAGCGUAGAAGCCAUAAUACCAGUUGAAAUCAGCGAGCAAAGUCCAAAGGUGAGCUUCUACGAUGAGGUCGGAAAUAUACAAGGGCACAAAGAAGAACUUGAGUUACUCCCCGAAGUCUGA